AAAGGAUUUCCUCCGAGUAGUUGCCGCUUGCAAAGGCAGACCCUCCAAAGCAAGACUUCUGAAAAAGCAGCAAGCCACACCCCCAAAGCAAGAGAAUCCACGCUUUCUUUGUGUUGAAGAUGUCAUAUAUAGUAUAAAGCAGCUUGGGUUCCACGCGACCAAAAUGGAAAGUUAAGGAGGGCAUUUUUAUGAAAAAGGCAGCAAGCAGCUUGGGCCUUUCCUCCUUGUUCCGUUUCCAUCUUUGUUCAAUGGUUAGUCCAAGAGUCGAAGAAUUCUCCUCUUCCACUUCUCAGUGUGCUUAUGAUGUGUUCUUGAGCUCUAGAGGCAAAGAGACCCGCAAGAGUUUCACCGAUCAACUUUAUAUAGCUCUGCUGGAUUCAGGAUUUCACACUUUCAGGGAUGAGGAGGGGAUAGAAGUAGGAGAAAACAUCAAGCCUGAACUUUGGAAAGCAAUUCAAGACUCUAAAAUUUCAAUAGUGGUGUUCUCCGAGGACUAUGCUUCUUCAUGUUGGUGUCUUGAUGAGCUUUUGAUGAUUCUCAAACGCAGGAGGGCCUCUGGACAUGAAGUUUUACCCAUAUUUUAUAACAUGGAUCCAACCUUAAUCAAGAAGCAAAAGGAAAGGUAUAUGGAAGCAUUUGCCAGGCAUGAGGUGCAAUUCAUAGCUGAAGUGGAUGAAAGAAAAGUUGAGUGGGUGGACAAAUUGAAGGAUCGGUGGGCAGCUCUUGAAGAACUUGCGGAUUUGGGAGGAAUGGUUUCAAAAGAUCAAGAUGAUGGAGAUGAGUCAAAGUUUAUCCAGCAAGUUGUUAUAGCAGUUCAAGACAAAAUCAAUCGCACAAUCUUGAAUGUUUCCCCUUACUUAAUUGGAACGCAUACUCGCGCAGAAGACAUCAACACUUGGUUACAAGAUGAAUCUGGUGAUGUUAGCCUGGCAGCCAUUUGUGGGAUGGGCGGAAUAGGGAAGACUACGAUAGCUAAAGUUGUGUAUAAUUUAAAAUUCUCAAGUUUUGAAGGUGGCAGCUUUCUUGAAAAUAUAAGAGAAAUUUCAGGACAACCCAGAGGUUUAAUUCGUUUGCAAAAAAAACUUCUUUCAGAUAUUCUAAGGGGGAGAAAGGAAAAAGUAUAUAGUAUUGAUGAAGGGAUCGCCAAAAUUAAAGCUGCCCUAUAUUGCAAAAGAGUUCUUGUGGUCCUUGAUGAUGUUGACAAAAUGGAGCAAUUGGAUGCAAUACUUGGAAUGCGAGAUUGGUUUUCUCAAGGAAGUAAAAUCAUAAUUACAACCAGGAAUGAGCAGUUACCAAGGGCUCAUGAAACUUGCAGGAUAUACAGGGUUGAAAAAUUGGAUGAUGCAGAAUCACUAGAGCUCUUCAGUUGGCAUGCCUUUGGACAAGACCAUCCCACUGAUGAUUAUGAGGCAGAUUCUAGAAGAAUGGUGCACUACUGUGAUGGGUUGCCAUUAGCCAUUAAAGUUUUGAGUACUUCUUUAUCUGGAAAAAGCCUAGAUGUAUGGAAGAGUCAUUUAGAAAAACUAAAAGCAAUACCCAACGGUAAAGUAUUUGAAAAGCUCAAAAUAAGCUAUGAAAAUUUGCAAGAUGAGCAUGACAAAAAUUUGUUCCUCCAUAUUGCUUGUUUCUUCGUUGGGAAAGACAAAGAUUGGACAGUUCAAGUCCUAAACAAGUGUGACUUCUACACGACAAUUGGAAUCCACAAUCUUAUUGAUAGAUGCAUGUUAAGUAUUGAUUUCCGGAAUAAGUUGAGAAUGCAUCAAUUGAUUCAAGAUAUGGGAAGAGAAAUUGUUCGGCAAGAAUCGCCAUAUGAGCCAGGUAAGCGCAGUAGAAUAUGGAAUCAUGAAGAGUCCUUUGAUGUCUUGGCAGAAAAAACUGGUGCUGAGAAAAUAGAAGGCCUCAUUCUGGACAUGCACUUCUUGAAGGGGGUUGCUGAAGGAAAUUCUAGCGAAGUAGUUUUUGAAACAAAUGCAUUUGCAAAGAUGUGCAAGCUAAGACUUCUCCAGCUCAAUUUUGUACAACUCAGUGGCAGCUUUGAAAAAUUUCCUAAAACAUUAAGGUGGUUGUGUUGGCAUGGCUUCCCUUUUGAAUCUAUACACAAUGACUUCCAAUUGGAUAACGUGGUGGCUCUUGACAUGCGUUACAGCAGGUUGAAAAAUGUUUGGGAUGGAAGAAAGUGUUUUAGUUCAUUGAAAAUCCUUAAUCUCAGUCACUCUCAUUUCCUUGCCAAAACUCCUGAUUUCUCACUAGUCCCCAAUCUUGAGAGACUAAUUCUUAAAGAUUGUGUGAACUUGGCUGAGGUUCAUGAAUCCAUUGGAAACUUAAAGGCACUUGCUGUUAUGAUCCUAAAAGAUUGCAGAAAUCUGAGGAAGUUGCCAACAAACUUCAUUGUGCUAAAAUCUUUUGAAAAGCUCGACAUAUCUGGUUGCUCAAAUCUUGAUGAGUUGCCAACAGGACUGAUGAAUAUGAAAUCUUUGAAAGUGUUCCUUGCUGACAGAAUUGAUAUAAGUCGUUUGCUCUCAACCACUGGAGAGCCAAAAUCUCGAUAUGCAUUUCUUUGGUCUUUGGUACAAAGGUUUGGAAGAGUUCCACAGUUGUCACGGUCUCCUUUGCCGAGCUCAUUAGUACGGUUGAGUCUUGAAAACUGCAAUCUCUCUGAUGAUGUUUUCCCCAUGGAUUUUAGUCACUUGAACUUGUUGAGGGAUUUGAACCUUGGCAGAAAUCCUAUCCGUAGCCUACCAGAAUGCAUCAGAGGUCUUAGUGCACUACAUAUCCUACGCUUAGAAUCAUGUACAGAGCUUCAAUCGCUUUUGGAGCUACCGAGCUUGGAAAUAUUGCAGGUGCCAGAGUGCACAUCUUUGCAAAGGAUAACUUAUCAGUCAAGUACGUCCGGACCACAAAUCAUAGAACUAACAAAUUGUGGGAAACUGGUUGACCUAGAGGGUGACAUCAAGCUUGAGCCUAUAGGAAAUGUAGAUGCGGAAGUCAUAAAAGUUUUGGGCUUGCACAACGUGCAAUCUAUGACAAACGUUGAGAUGGACUUUUUCAAUGGCGUCUCAGCAAAUAGCACCUCAUCCGGCAGAAUUGAGAGGCUUCCUAUUCAGGGGCUGCAUGAAGAAGGUAUAUUCAGCACAUUUUUUCCAGGAGGCGAGGUUCCAGACUGGUUUAGCAAUAAAAGUGCAGGGUCCGCAAUAUCUUUUACUGUGUGCUCACUACCUAAUUGCAGGUUCCAAGGCCUGAACUUCUGUUGUGUCUAUGCACUUUCCGAUAAAGAGGAGAUUUGCUGGCCACCUCCAUUAUUUGCUAAAGUUUGCAAUAAGAGCAAGGAUCUCAAGUGGAUAUAUGGUCCGCGUGGCUUUGUCAUUCCAAAAGCUGGAGAAGAGGUGAUAUGGUUAAGCCACUGGAAGCUUGGGAAUUAUUUAGACGCAGGUGAUGAAGUGACAGUUAAAGUAGUCGUUGAUGUUGGUUUUCAAGUGAAAGAGUGUGGCAUAAACCAUGUGUGCGCGCAAGAUCAAGAGGACAUCGAGAAAGCCUCUUUUGAUCACUCUCGUUUAGAUGCAUGUAUUUAUGGAAGUAUCCCACGGGUUUCUAGUGUAACUAUUAAUGGGGCAACUUUUCUCGGCAUUCGUAUCAACUACUCCCGGGGAAGGUCCUCACUAUCACACCACCUUUCUAGAUAUGAUUGGUCCCAAAAAUUGUUGGAAGACUCCACAGAAAUAACUGGCCAAGUGGUAGUACAAGAUGAGAAUGGGGUUUUCAGGCUACCAACAGGGGCAGCAAGAAUUUGAAGUUGCCCCCUCAGAAGUCUCUGAACUUGAAUUGCUCCACCAAAACUAUAGUGAGAGUAUAUUGUUUAAUAUAUAUAUAUAUAUAUUAUCGUAUAUCAUUGCCUAGAGGCACGAUGUAAAUAAUAUUAAGAUUAAAAUGUAGUUAUAAUUUAUAAGUAUUAUGUUAUAAUAAUUUUUCUUAUAUUAAAUGCUCUACAAAACUCAAAUAAAAAACAAA